UGCUAGCUAUCUAAGUUAGCAUGCUAGCUAUCUUGAGAGUUAGUUAGCAAUGAGCACUCGGGAGGCCGGCGUCCCUCCAGUCCAGCGCUUUCUUGCCAAUCGCCUCAUUCACUGGGCGCCCGCGAUAAACCUCAUUGUCAUGUGGCAGCGGUGCUAGUGCCGUUUUCCUCAUCCGGCGACACUACAGCUGCCAGUCGGAGGCAAGACCCCUUUUCAGCAUCUAGUCAACAGCAUGCGUACUCCCUCACCACACAGGGUUGGCAAGAAGCCUAAACGAGAUGGCAAGCCCAGACAGAAGGAACAUCUUGAGCAGAUUCCCUUCCGCCUUCGAGAGAUUAUGAAAAGCAAGGAGAGGAUUAAGAUGGGGCCCAGCAAGAUCAAGAAGAUGAAGAAAGCUGACGCCAUCGCCCUCACUCCCAAACCCAAACCAGGGGAGGCUACAAUCGGAGAUAUCCCUGUUCCACACUUCCGUAGAAAGAAGAAGGAGAGUGAGAAGGCGUACCUGCGGAGGAUGGGCAACGAGGCGCAGCACGUCCUCUUCCUCACCAAGAACCAGAUAGAGAGACAGCCAGAGAGGGAGCUAGAGGAGCAGGAGAAAUCUGCUGGCACCGGGAAAUGCAAGUCUGACAAGAAGAAAGAAUAUGAUAAAAGCCGGCUGGACAGGCUACAUAAGAAGAAGCAGGUCAGACUGGAAGAGAAGGCAGAAAACGACAUGUUCAUAGAUGAAGUUGCCUUUGGAGAAGUUGCCAUGGCACCACCGACUCUGAGUAUCAAGCCCAGGAAGGCACUGAUCAAGCCCCAGGGUGUGUGUAAGGGUCUCCUGCUGAACUCUCUGCUGGGCCAGACCCAGCUCUCCACAGCCAAGCCGUCCAUGGCCAGGCAGAGGAUGAUGGAGGAGGAGAGGCAGCGGGUGGUGCAAGCCUACCGCCACCUGAAGAAACAGAAGCAGCAUCAGCAAGAGGCCAAAGCAGCUGGGAUAGAGAAGCUGAAGAACCUCCAGUGAGACUCGUGGUCCCAUUCUCUGCCUCGCUCCUCCAAGGUGUUCACUUCUCACUUCUCACACUGUCCAAAUAGAGUGAUGCAACAUUUUUUUAUGUGGCUCUAUACUCCAGCUAUUUUUAUUUGAGAUCAGGUGACAGCAUUCCAAUAUUCCUUGUACACAAUGACUACAUCAAGCUUGUGACUCUACAAACCUGUUGGAUGCAUUUACAGCUUGUUUUGGUUGUUUCAGAUUACAUGUUGUCCAAUCGGAAGUGAUUGGUGAAUGAUGUAUUUUGUUUGACUCACUUUUAUUGUGAGACGAGAUGACGUUUGUGAACACUUCUACAUUAAUGUGGAUGCUACCAUGAUUAUACCAUGAUUAUGAAUGAAUGAUGAGUGAGAAAGUUAGAGGGUCAAAGAUCAUACCCUCCAAAAAUGUUUGUCACCCAUUAUUGGGAAUGGUGAGAGCUUGACAUGCUUUGUUUUAGCCUCUAACUUUCUCACUCAUUAUUCAUGAUUAAGUCAUGUUUUUUCUUAAUCAUGGCAUUAUCAGGAUUGAUUUAGAAGUGUUCAGAAACUUAUCUACUCACUUAGAAAAUAAAAUGACUCCUUUCAGUAAAUCAGAUAAAUAUGAAAAUACCCUCAAAUUAGAGGUGACGUUCUGUACUGUCACCUGAUAUGAACAAUUUAUCUCAAAUCCAAAAUGCUGGAGUACAGAGCCAAAUUUUGUGGACUGGUGUAAGACAUAUGGUGGAGAGUCUGUAAACCCCUGUAGCCUAUGCUUAAAUCAAUGCUUUUUAAUUAAAUGGAGGUGAGUGAGCAAGUACACAUUUCAGGGUGAAAGAUGGGGAAUUUGGCUGCAUUGAAGAUGAAG